AUGGCAAGCCUGGUUCGUUCCACAGCUGAGCCCACCGUAAGCAGCUACAACGCCGUUUGCUCUGCAUUGGCUGCAGCCAUGCGUUGGGCGCAGGCCCUCCACGCUCUUGCCGGCAUGAGGCACCUGGGCGCACGGGCGGAAGUCGCGGGAUACGGAGCCGUCGUGAAGGCUUGCUCCAUGACGAGGAGGUGGCAGCAUGCCGUGCACCUUCUGCUGGCCAUGCGUGGCUUGAGGGUGGUGGAUUUGCAGGCUCUCCGCGAUGUGCAAGCAGCUGUGGAGCUCGUGCACAUGUCGAUCCCAGAUCAGCCUCUCAGCAAACCGAAGCAGAGGCGACGGAUUGAUGACUCCUUCGCAUCCAUGUCGUCAGCUCUCACGAGUUUGCUGGAGGGCAGAGACGACAGCGAAGCCCACAUCGACCUGGCGAGCCCCGAGCAGCGAGUGGUGCUGGAAACCUUCUCUUGGCAUCGGGCGGUGCCAGAGAAAAAGCACGAAAGGGAUAUUUGGGUGAAGCUGGGUGCCAAGAACCUGGAAGAGGCGCUGAAGAUUCUGAAGGAGCCUGCGCAGCUCAUCGAGGCGGAGUCGGGCCCAAGGUUAUUGCAGUCAACGCUGGACAAGGACGCGCCUUUCGAGGUGUUCGUCUCCAAUGUUGAAGCAUACCGCCGGGAUCGCACUCGGAGAAUCGAGGAAGGGCGCGAGUUCUGCCAUGGUGUCCCUGCUGGCCUGCCCGCUGCCUGCAGUGAAGUGCUCGAGGCUGGCGACGAGUCGGCCAAGCUGAGCUUUCCGAAGCCCCAGGCGAAGCAGGCCACGGAUGAAACGGGAGAAGCCGCAGCUGAGCUUUCCAAAGCAGUGGCACCGCAGGCUGCUGCACCAGCGAAGGUAAAGCAGCCUGCACAUCCCCCGCCAAAGCCGCCCGCAAAGGCUGGCAUCUCUUGGGAAGCGAAGGUAACCAUCCAGACUCCAGACCAGCAUAACUGCAGCUUCUUUUGA